CAGCAUAAACAGACGGACGACACAAAGCCUAGUCGUUGAGAUCUUUGAAAAACACAGAGCCAUCGUUGAAGACGUGUUGUUUAUUUUUUAAGGGUAUCGAUGGCAGAGGCGAGGUGUGCUGUGCACGAGCCCUCUGUCCCACACGUGGCUUCGGAAGAAGAAUAUCAAAGGAACAUUUACAAUGAGUGGCGAAGGUCGCUUGUCCGUCGGUUCUACAGAACAAGAAACUUACUAUACAAUGGAAUGUGGCCGACGUCAAUAUGGAACCUGGCUGCGAUGGUCGUCAUUUUAACUGCGAUAAUGAUACUGGACGCAGAGGUGAUGCGACCAAUAAACGAUAGACUGUGGAAAGUCCAUCACAUGUUAUAUAUACCUAAAGGACUCCCCCUAGUGGUGAAUGCAGUUAUUACUUCUUGUUUUGUGGGGUUCUGGUUCUUCCUCAUCAAGAUCUACGUACGGCGAUAUUUACUGAGGGGCCUCCUGUCUUACAGGGGAUGGAUGUAUGAGCAGCCUAAGACCCAGUCUGUCAGCACCAUACUCUGGGGUCUACUGGUCAAGGUUGUCAGCGGCUACAGCCCUAAACUCUACAGCUGUCAGUCCUCCCUCGCCCGCAUGCCCGUCCCCGCUCUCCGAGACACGCUGACCAAGCUUCUGAAAUCACUCGAGCCCCUGUAUGGUGACGAUGUCGAAAAGUGGAACAAGCUCAAAAAAGACGCAGAAGAUUUUGAGAGAGGUUUCGGACCAAAGUUACAAAGAAUACUUAAACUGAAGUCGUGGUGGUGUAACAAUUACGUUACUGAUUGGUGGGAGAAGUAUGUGUAUUUAUCCAGCAGAGACCCUCUACCUAUCAACAGUAACUAUUACAUUCUGGACCAGGAACACUGGACACCCUCCCCUAUACAGACAGCCAGGAUCUCCAGCACAGUUUACAAUGUACUGAAGUUUAAACAGUUGAGAGAUCGUGAGACACUGGAGCCACUCCUAAUAAGACAGACCAUUCCUGUGUGUAUGGUUCAGUAUGAGAGAAUGUUCUCUACAACCAGAAUUCCCGGUGAAGAGUGUGAUACGUUACUGACAUAUGACUCCACAGUUUCCAAGCACAUAGCAGUAUGGAGAAGGGGUGUCCUGUACAAAUUAGAAGUUUUUGACAAAAAAGGGCGUCUUCUGACUCCAACACUGAUACAGGAACAACUACAGUGGAUUAUACACGACGCUGAUAAACAUACAGAUUCCUACUCCAGAGAGGAGAAGAUUCUGGCCUGUUUGACAGGACAGGAGAGGGUUAAGUGGUGGAGGAUCCGAGAUCAACACUUCUCUAGGGGUGUCAACCGGGAGACCAUGGAUAUGAUAGAGAAAGCCAUGUUCUGUCUGACUCUGGAGACAGAGAGAUACGAGACAAUGUCACAGAGAGGACUCUAUCUACUGUGUGAUAAUGAUGGCAAGCUGUGGUACGAUAAGUGUUUUAAUUUGGUCUCCUUCCCCGACGGCAGGAUGGGCUGUAACAGUGAACACUCCUACGCGGACGCUCCAAUCAUUGCACAUCUUCUAGAGUAUAACUUUACUGCAGAAGCAUUAGAAGAGUGUGGCUUUCUUAAGGAUGGAUCCCUGCCUUCAAAUCCUGAGGAUUCAAAGUAUGUCCUCUCCAAACCCACGCGACAUAUAUGGGAAGUAACUCCAGAUCUCAGGACGGCCAUUAUCGAGGCAGAGAAAGUCUGCAAGAUGAAUUCAGAUGACCUUGACCUUUGUCUGCGGGAGUUGACCAUCUAUGGAAAGGGGUUCAUGAAGUCCUGUAAGGUGAGUCCGGACGCAUUUAUCCAGAUGGCGCUUCAAGUGACGUACUAUAAGAAUGCUGGGAAGUUUGCACUGACGUACGAGUCCUCGAUGACGAGACUUUAUCUUCAUGGCAGAACAGAGACCGUUCGCACACUCAGCACGGAUUCGGCUGCCUUUGUUAAGGCGUUUCUAGACAAAUCUGUCCCUAAGUCUACGACCAUUGGUCUCUUGAGAAAGGCCUGUGACAGACACCAGGACGCCUAUAGAGACGCUAUGUGUGGGCGGGCCAUUGAUCGACACCUGUUUGGUCUCUAUGUUGUCAGCAAAGGCAUGGGUUAUGACUGCGAGUUCUUGAAGGAAGCUUUGACAAUUCCUUGGACUUUGUCAACUAGCCAGCAACCUCAGCAACAGAUAGCAACCUCGCCGAACUGCAGCCUCCCACAGUACAGACAUGCCCUGUGUCCAGGGGGUGGUUUUGGCCCGGUGUCAGACGACGGUUAUGGCGUGUCCUAUAUGAUUCCCGGGGACCACAAGGUAUUUUUCCAUGUAUCCUCCAAAAAGUCAACCAAAAGCACCGACUCCACGGUGUUUAUGGACCAACUAUUCCAGACGUUUGUCGAGAUGAAGGAACUGUUCAGUCAGGUUUGAUGACGGAGUAAAUUAGCUCCUAAUCAGUGAUUUACACAGAGACUGUACUUAAGGAUCCCACCUCUUAACAAGAGUCAAUCUUACUUUUAUAAUGCUCAAAAAAAAUAUUGGGAAGGAAUUGAUGAAGAAAACAGGCACAUUUUUAUUUUAAUAGUAUGCUUUUAUAACAUGCUUACAUUACUCUUUUUUUGAGAUUGGGGUUAAACUGAGGAGUUUAGAUAAAUCCCCAUCAUAUUUAUCAUAGGAAGUUUUUCUUGGCAGUAUUCUUAUAUUAGGAUGAAUUAAUUAAUACUAAAAAGU